CCACUUGCUUCACACAACCAAGACAAGUAAACAGCAGCACUAGUAGAUUUCCCGAGUGACAAGUUCAGCGCAACAUGGAGCACCAGGGACACGGCACCGGCGAGAAGAAGGGCAUCAUGGAGAACAUCAAGGAGAAGCUCCCCGGUGGCCAAGGUGACCACCAGCAGACCGCUGGCACCCACGGGCAGCAUGGACACACUGGAAUGACAGGCACGGAGAUGCAUGACACCACGGCCACCGGCGGCACCCAUGGGCAGCAGGGGCUUACCGGAACGACUGGCACUGGGACACACGGCACCGGUGAGAAGAAGAGCCUCAUGGACAAGGUGAAGGAGAAGCUGCCUGGACAGCACUAAGCUCGGUCUGCCCACGGCCGCCACCUUUGCAGAAUAAUACUCCACCGUAUAUGAAUUGAUCGAGUCUAGUUCACCUAGCUCACUUGGCCGUUGGAGGAGCAAAUGUAUCUCUGGUUUAAGUUUUCACGGACAACAGUGUGUUCACAGUUUUCGUCUAUUUACACUCCGUCAUGCAAAUUUCCUUUUUGUUCCUUUUCUUUUGUCCAUCUUAUUAUCCGACAGGCUUUUGUAACUUAAUAUAAGACGUCUUUUGACAAUAUGACUGUCAAAGAAGUCCUAUGUUAAGUACAGAGGGAGUACUUCGGAGCGGUAAAAGAAAUGAUAGCUUUGUGUUGCA